AUGCUGGUAAAGGUAUGCAAGCGUUACGUUAUGAAGAAGUUGAUUCUCAGUGAGAUAGAGACGAAAACUACGGUAGCCAAGAAUGAGGGUGGAUUGGCACGAAGAGUCACAGUUGAUGGUGAUGAGAUUGUGAACGAAUAUAGAGAGGAUUCAGGGCUGAUUCAGCUAUAUUGCAUCUACGCACCGCUCUUCGAAGAUGUACUUUUGGCAAAAAAAUUUAGAUUACCAGUUAGUCAUAUUACUACACACAAAUCAACAGAAUUAGCCGCACCGAUUGUUCUCGACAACGAUGAAGAAGUCGCACGACGAUUAGCGCUAAUCGCCAACGAUGCACUGACCGCCGCGAAUGCGUUGCAUUUGCGACAAAAAGCGAACUUCACAAAUGCGUUCAGUGAUCGAGACAUCACCGAUGGAAUACGAGUUGAGAUUGUGCGACGUUUGCCACUCAAAAACCAGACAGUCAUUUACUUCAUUGUCUACUACAGAGAUGAGCCGAUACGUGGAGAUAUUAUGGCAAACGAUAUGAGCUUAUUGAGCAUGCAACACAUAUCUGCUAUUCUUCAAUAUCCACUGAAUCGCGUCAUAGCUCAGAAAGAUCUCAAUCACGUUCAGUCCUCGUCAUGGUGGAUCAUAGGUGACUAUGUAAUUCAUCAUAAGACCGGCACGACGCUAACGAUUCAGAAACAUAUGGGUAUGGUGAAGGAAGCAAAGGACACCCAACUCCAUGCCCAACUUUUCGACUCAGCGAUACUUCAUGCUUCAACUCUUGGAGAUAGCCGAGCUAAGGCGUUCUCACGUGGAUUGGAGAGGAACGCUGGGUUGUGGGUCGAAGCAGCGCUUGCUUUCCAGGUGGACUGCAUCACUCGUUUACCACUAUUCUUCCCGUUUCCUAUGCUGGAUGCCCAUGAAAAUCCAGUGCUAGACUACUUUGACAAGUUGGAAUUAUUCUGCUGUACUAACAAUUGCAUCAAUUCGCAUUUGGCUGUGGAAUUUCUCGAAUCGCGAGUUCACAACAGGGACUCUUCGAGCUUCAUGUCUUUUUUGAAGAACUCUGACUACGUUGUCGCUGGUUUACCUGCUCUGCUUUUGGCAUCGCGACGAAUCCAAUCGCUAACGGCUCCNGCUUGUUCUAGGGACUCUUCGAGCUUCAUGUCUUUUUUGAAGAACUCUGACUACGUUGUCGCUGGUUUACCUGCUCUGCUUUUGGCAUCGCGACGAAUCCAAUCGCUAACGGCUCGUGUAAAUCCGUUGUCGCUCAGAUGCUUUACGUCUCCAGCGCACUUUAUCUUCGACAGUAUGGGGAUGGAUCGCCAGGUGAAAUAUGCCGCAUUCGGGAGAUGCUCUACUGAGGAAGAUCCGGCUCAAUACGAAGAAGAAGACGCCACAUCGAGAAGUCGAUCAAUUGUGGACACCAUCGACUCGGAUUGA